AUGAGGCAAAAAACCCAUAAGAAAGAAGAUAUCGAAGAAACAGUAGAAGAAAAUAAUACAGAUGAAAAAACAAGUGUAGAGAGUGAAAAUGAAGAUGAAAUAUACGCAGUUGAAAAAAUAUUGGAUCAUCGUAUGAAUUCAAAACGAACAGGCUGGGAGUAUCUUAUUAAAUGGAAGGACUAUGAUGAGUUAGAAGAUAAUACAUGGGAAGAUGAGACAUCGUGCGAAGGGUGUAAAGAUCUUAUUGAGCAAUAUUGGGAAAGUGUUGGUGGCCGUCCAUCUCUUUCAGAAAAAUCAGCUGUUGGUCGUAAACGGAAAUCAGUUCAAUUGCAUAAAAAUACAGAUACAGAAUAUGAAAUAAAACAUCGGAAAUCAACUAUCAAACCUAAAGAAUUAUCUACAAGUGUUUCAACAGAAACAUGGAAACCACCUAUGCAUCUAUCAUCUUGGGAGGACCAAAUUGAAUCAGUUGAUACCAUUGAAAGAGAUGCAUCUGGAAAACUGCUUGUAUAUGUGAAUUGGAUUCAUGGCGAAAAAUCUGUUCAUGAUAGUUUACUAAUAUACCAAAAAUGCCCAUUGAAGAUGCUUCAUUUCUACGAAAAUCAUCUUGUUUUUCGAGACGUUGCAUAA